AUGGAUGUGUCACCAAACCCAACAACUUCUCAAGCAAAUGAAACUGGAAGUCAGUAUCCAGAAGUAAGAAUUCGUCAAAAUCCACAGACUCAUGUGCAUGAUGGAAAUCAAACUGAACAUAGACAACCCCAUAAUUGGAGAACAAGUAUUAAAAAGGAUGAAAAGCUGAAUAUCUGUCGUAUUUAUUAUAUUGCAGGAUUUUUCUUGUUGCCAUUUUUUUGGUUGGUAAAUUUUGUAUGGCAUUAUAAUGAUGCUUACUUAGCUGAACCAUUCGAAGAACAGCCUCAAUUUCAGCGUUAUGUUUUGAGAUCUGGUAUUGGCUUUAUUUUCUGGUCUGUGUUACUUAUUGGUUGGGUGUUUUACUUUCAAACGCAAAGGAAUUAUUAUAACUGGGACUAUAUAACCUUUAAUUUCCCUACCGGUUCUGCUUAA